AUGGACCUCACAGGCGGCGCCCUGCCCGACCCUACGAGUCUGAGCGCCCAGGGGAGGACGGACGCCCUGGUCGAGGCGGUCGAAGCCAACGACCUCCUCGCUCUCGUCCUCGUCCUUCAGUACGCCGAGCCUGCAGAAGUGAACGGUCACGCGUCCUCCAACGGCCGUACACCCCUCGAGACCGCCCUCUCCUUCCCCACCUCUCAUCCCGACAUUCGCUCCCUCGCUAUACAAAGCCUGCUUCACUGUGGCGCCGUCCCCCCCAUCUCUCUCGAUGCCUAUGAAUCACCCUACGCCUGCGUCGUUCGAGAAUGGGAGCUGGGCGGACGCGAGCAGGCGGUCGACGCUUUCCAGCUCGUCCGGGUCUGGACGCUCGAGCAAGUCGACGCUUGGAUCGAGGAGAAGGGCUUGGGAGUCGAUGGACAGCCAGGCGCAAUUGUCGAGGCGGAGCAACCGACCACGGACGCGGAGGCAGGCACUUCGACACCGCUUCCCCAACAGCAGGCGAAGGAAGAACCCGCUUCGCCAACCAUCGCAAUGCCAGAUGCGUCCUCAAAUCAGAUACACGAGGCCCAGAACCUUGUCCGGAGGACGACCACUUCGCCGGCACCACCUUCGCCGCGCCAAGGCUCGUCUCCUCCCGCUCCCACCCCUCCAGCCGCUCUACUCGUGCCUUCUCAUGACUCGCCGAGUUCACGACAAGGCGCUCAACCGUCGGCAGAUGCGUCGAGACAUGCGCCUUCGCCGCCCCGCGCCUCGUGUCAGGCCUCAUCUGGCUCUUCGCGACCGCGAGUCCUCUUCACCGGUCUUCCCAAGGAUGUUCCGAUCGACGAAGUCCGCAAACUCGUGUGGAUCGAGACAAAGCGCUACCCGGAGGCGCACUUUAGGACAAGCCGUCAGCCGGAUGCGAUAGAUGCCGUCGUCGAGCUCCGCGACGACCACGAACUCCGCCUCAUCCUACGGAGGCUGAACGGCGUCUUCCUCCAGAACCGCAGGGUUGGGGCUGAAGCCCUUCCUUCGCCGUCUGCAAAAGCGGUGCCGACGGAAGAGCGAGGCCGCCGCAGGUCACUCUCGCCCCGCCGCAGGUCACUCUCCCCUCGUCGCAGGACUUCACCGCUGCCAACUCGCCGCGAACGCUCGCCUUCUCCCCAUUUCAGCUCGCCUCGCCAAGCUUCGCCGUCCACGCAGUUGCGCCGAGCCCGUGAACCUUCCGACGCCCUCGUCUGGCUCCACGUCUCCAAUCUUCCGCGCUCAGUGGCAGAGCGAGACUUGUACGAGGUGCUGGCGCGUGCGACGCUAGCGCCAGAGGACAUCUUCGUUCAUCACGUCAUCAAGCAGUCAUACCGAUUCGCGUUCGUCGCCUUCAGCAGCAUCCGGGCCGCAGAAGACGCGAUCGCAGAGAUUGGCGCGCGGACGUUCAGCGGGCAGCGUCCCAGAGUCGGCUUCUUCCGCCCCAAGAACGGCGAGACGCAGCCGUUCGAAGGUCGUUAUUCCGCGCCUCGAUUCCGCUACAUGGGGCCGACCCGCAACCAGACUAAUGCGCCUACGCCCGACUACCGAGACCUCAUCAUCUACGGCAUCGCGCCAUACUCGCAACAACAGGACCUGCGCGACUUCAUCGAGGCCAAGAUCGGUCGCGGGAGCAUCCGCAGGCUCUAUCUCGAAACCAAGUCUUUCGCCGAGGAUGAUCGUAAGGCGCUCGUCGAGAUGGACCGGCACAGCGACGCCUUGCGAGCCCUAGACCGGGUCGACGGUACCCUCUUCAAAGGACAGGCGAUCACGGUCAACUGGGCAUACACCUCGUCCGCCGGCCAGCCUGCGGGAAAGGACGACCAGCUCGGAGCAGCUCGUUCCUCGCGCUCGCCCGCUCGCCACUCGGCCUCGCCCCUCCAUCCGCCUUCUUCGUAUGCCCAACCGCCCGCAUCGCCUAGCCAGCCACCGCCGUCUCCACCGCAGACUAGUGCAGCCGUCGCCUCUAAGGACCGAGUGCGCGAUGUCGCGCGACCUUCCUCGAAACCAGAAGACCUCGAUGCCUUACGGUACCUCGGUCUCCCGCCGCCCGACCUCGAAGCCAUCUCUCAGAUGUGGGCGCCGCUCGACGAGGCUCCCCUCGGCAGACAUGGCAAGCCCUUCGACAGACACAUCCGGACGAAGGUCAAGUUCGGGUUCGUCCCGCAGCAAGACGCAGAGGCUGCGCUGCAAGACGAGCGGAUGCGCACGGUCUUCAAGGACGACCCGGUCUUGCAGCAGCGCUUUGAGGUGUUCUUGGCGGCGCAGGCUGGUCGGUCGAAGGAUUGGUACCUUACCUUCUUCGCACACAUUGCCGAGUUCAACCGUCUGAGCCGCCUGUUCAGCGAAACGGCUCGUCGCGAUGCUGUGAAGUCGUAG